UAGUGGCUAUCGAUAGUUGAGAUUAGUGUUAGGUGUCAGAUGUCAGUAUUUUGUAUGUUUAGGGUUUUAAGUUAAUGUUAUCUGUUCACACUCAAUCGGGUAGCUUGGAAGAAAUAAUUUGGCGGAUAAAGCACAUCGAUUUGCGCUAUCACAGAAAGGGGAAGAGAAACUGCGAAUAAAACGCUCGUUACACACCACAUCACUUCAACAACUGUCCUAUCUGAGUGUUAUAAGGCAUUCCCGUGAUCGGCCAAGCGGUGACAAAUUCUUUUAUUCGCACUCUGCAAGAUGAUGCCCACGAAGCACUCACCCAGGCGGAGCCCCAGGCUGGAAGCCUCGGGCGUUCCCGCAACUGCGACCACCACGGCCACAGCAACUGGCACCGCGACCAGCUUUGCGAGUGUGGCUGGUGAUCGGCAGAGGCCACAGACUCCGAAGGAAAGUAGAACAGACGCCAGGAAAGCGGCAAGUAACCUGCAGCCCGAAGCGACGGGGCAGACUACGGAUUCCACAACUGUAGUGGCGACCUUAAUGGAAAGGAUCGCACGUCUGGAGUCGGAGCUGGCGAAGGCAAGAGCAAGUGGAGGACAAGCAGAGGCCGCCAGAGAUCCCGUUAGAAUCAGGGCACGCGGCGUUGGAGUAAGCGGUGCAACGAAUACACCGCCAUGUUCGAGUGGAACGCUGCCACAUCAUGGAGCAGCGCCACGGCAGAGUUUGAGCGAAAACCUGCCCAGGCAGAUGAGAGACAAUCUGCAAACGGAUCUCGGAGUGACGCCAUCGCUGCAGUUGCCGGCACAAGUGAGUGCAAAUUUGCCGCCACAAUGGGGUGCGAAUUUGGCGCCGACGCUUGGCGGCCAUUGGGCAAGCGGGCAACCUGUGUCAACAACAACAAUACUGGGCUAUUCUCCGCCAUCUUGUGUGACCGCCGCAGCACAGCCGGUGCUAGGUUAUGUUCACCCAGAGGUACCUGCGCCAUCGCCCAUAUCAUAUGGAGCGCCGACGACAAGCAUACAAGGAUGGACGCCACGCAGACUAACUGAUCUUCCCGAUUUCGAGGGUCAGCCAGAGGAAUGGCCAAUAUUCCUGUGUGCGUUCACGGAGACAACUGCAGCCUACCAGUGCACCGAGUUGGAGAACAACCAGAAGCUAGUGAAAGCCCUGAAGGGAGAGGCUCGCGAAACAGUGAAGUCGUUGCUCAUCCAUCCCAGCAACGUACAAGCUGUUAUGGAGCAGCUACGAUUCCGGUAUGGACGCCCGGAACAACUGAUCCGCAGCCAAUUGGAGAGCAAGCGCGAAGUACAGCCGAUUCAGGAGGCCAACCCAACCCUAAUGGAGAAGCUGAUAGCCAAGUUGCCGCUAAGCAAGAGGUUGGACUGGGCAAGGCACGCGGCCACGAUACAGCCGUAUCCGACGGUGGCGCGCCUGAGCGAGUGGCUCCAUGAAUUCGCCAAACUGGUGUGCACUGUCACGGACGCCGGAGCCAGGGAACAACCGAAGCGAAGGAUUCUGCACGCGAAUAGUGUUCGCGAGGAGGAGCGAUAUGUCGACCGCCCCAGAUGCUGCCCUAUAUGCGAGGGACAGCACCAGGUCAGGGACUGGAGGGAUUUCAUGAGCGCCUCUACAACGACACGGAUCGAGUCCGCGAGAAAGCGACGACUGUGCUUCUCGUGCCUGGAUCCCGGACACAUGUCCCGGUUCUGCAGGAAGAGCCGCGGAUGCAACGUCCUCGGAUGCCAGAUGAGGCAUCACCACCUGCUCCACGAAGUACCUGAACGAUCCAAACGGCCGCCAGUCGCAGAUGGGGGCCACUCCCUACCUCAGGACCGACAGCCAUACAGAGACGGCAGUGGAUUUCAGCUAAAGGAACCAUCCUACGUCGGCCGCAGUUGUAGACGCGCGACGAUUCUACCCGUGAAGCUGUACGACGAGAAUACGAAGGUCGACACGUACGUACUGCUGGAUGAAGGAUCGUCUGUCACACUCAUCGACGACGAACUCAUCCGCAGCCGGAACCUGAAAGGCGAGAGUCGACAGCGGAAUGUGCAAUGGUUUGGUGGAAAAUCCGCCAAAGAGCACACGAAGGUGGUCAGCCUGCAGAUCAGCGCAGCGGGCAACCCAAAGCGCCAUGGGCUGAAAAAUGUGUACGGAGUGGCCAAUCUGAACCUUCCGAUGCAGCGCCUGCGUCAGGAGGAUGUACAGGCAGUGAAGGCGAACACGCGUCUGCCGGUGAUGCCGUACAACAAUGCGACGCCGAGGAUCCUAAUUGGACUGGAUCAUGCGUAUUUAGGAGUACCCUUCAGAACCAAAAGUUAUGGAUCUGGAGGGCCGUUUGCAGCAGACACCGCACUUGGAUGGGUGAUAUAUGGACCGGUGAACGGAAAGCCGAGCUCGCCGCUUCUGAGUUCGUGCCUCCUAGCCGUGCCCCAGGAUGAUCUUCUGGAGAAGAUGGUCAGCGACUACUUCGAGACCGAGAAUUUCGGAGCAAAGCCGGUGCAGCCAGUCGCAGCUGGCAGAGUGGACCUGGAGCCGUCAGUCGGAGAUAGCGGCGACGCACGGGCCCUGAGCACCCUGGAGAAGACGAACAAACGUGUAGGCCAGAGAUACGAGACCGGGCUGCUAUGGAAGGACGACGAAGUGAGAUUUCCGGAGAGCUACAGCAUGGCCCUCGGGAGGCUCGUCAACAUAGAGCGUAAAAUGAAGCGCGAUGUGGACUUCGCGUCGGCUUACAUCCGGAUAAUGGACGAUUAUGUCAAGAAGGGAUACGCACGACGACUGGAGGCCCAGGAAGUCCAGAGGUUUCAGGAGGGCAAAGUGUGGUACCUGCCGCACUUCGGAGUGGAAAACUCGAACAAGCCUGAGAAAAUCCGGCUGGUUUUCGAUGCGGCUGCCAAGGUGGACGGUGUGUCUUUGAAUUCAGCGCUACUGAAAGGCCCACAGCGCUACAAGCCCCUCCCAGUAGUGCUCUUCCAUUUUCGGGAAGGAGCGGUUGGAGUAUGUGCAGACAUCAAGGAGAUGUUUCAUCAGGUACUGAUGCAGCCGAAGGACAGAUGCGCCCAGAGGUUUCUGUGGAGGGACGGAGACGACCAGCGAGAGCCGGACGUAUACGAGAUGGCAGUGAUGAUGUUCGGAGCGGCCUGCUCACCAUGUUCGGCGGACUACGUGAAGACCGUGAAUGCCUUGCGGUAUAGCAGCACGGACCCGCGAGCAGCCCUGGCCAUCAACGAAUACCACUACGUGGAUGACUACGUCGACAGUUUCGCCAGUGAGGACGAAGCUAUCGUCAUCUCGACACGGGUGAGGGAAAUUCACGCUGAAGCAGGUUUUGAUUUGUGCCGAUUUACCUCCAGAUCGGCAAGUGUGGUCAGAGCGCUGAACCCACUUGAGUCCAUCGCCAGCGUCGGAUGGACCGAAGCUGAGGAGAAGGUGCUUCGGAUGUACUGGCAGCCGGCUACCGAUGAUUUCAAGUUCGGCGUCAAGUACCAUCGAGUCCCGAGGAACGUGAUGACGGAGCAACGAGUCCCUACCAAGAGGAAGUUCCUAAGCCUGGUGAUGUCUACGUUUGACCCGAUUGGGUUCCUGAGCUGCUAA